GAAAUAAGGCUAUUGGAGUAAUGCGGCCCAGACAUUGCUUUACAAUCGAGCCAAUGAUCAACGAGGGUACAUGGCGUGAUGACCUAUGGCCUGAUAAAUGGACGGCUACCACAGCUGAUGGGCUGCGAUCGGCCCAAUUUGAACAUACUAUGAUCAUAGUCGAGGAGAAUAUCAAAUCGGACGGGCCAGACCACUGGUCAGAGUCUGUGCCUAGUCUGCUUGCGAAAUAUCAGGCUCAAGAAUCACUCGGUUCUGAUGGCAGUUGUGCUAGUCAUCUUAAAAAGGAGGAAUUAGCCUCAUCUCGACGAGUUGAUGCUAAUUGUGAAAGCGAUAUCGAGUCCAAGAAUAAGUUGCUAUUAUCUGGUUGCAGCCUGUCCCCGCCCCCCAUAUGUGUGGUCACUCGUCGCCGCAACACAGAAUCAGACGCGAUUGCCUCCCGCUUGCCUUCGCUCUUCCCGCCUGAAGAUAUUAUCCAUUUCCUGUUUUAUGGCCGGCCUCACUUCGUAGAUCAGUUAGUUCAAAUGGGAUGCGAUCUUUCCUCAAUAUUCAUUCAGCCAUCCAAAAAAGCCAGUGAGAAAAAUUCCAAAUCUUCAAUUCUCUAG